AUGGGAGUUGUAGUCUCCUGGGUUCUCAGACAAUACUUGAUUGUCAUUGGUUAGAAGGUCAUGUGACAUGUUCAGGUGUGGUAUUUAAACCUAGGCAGUUUGAAUGAACGGUAAUUCUGCUCUGGCACUCGUUCAUCUCUGAGUGGGGUUCGUGCCUUGAACAACACCUCAAAUGGCCGUCCGAUAAGGGACUUCAGCAGGUUACCGGCAACCAGGAGCAGCAGCUCUGGGGAACCUGUCCGGGGGUGUCCAUAUCGCCAAAACCAAAAGGAAGAAAAGAAAGAAUUCAGCGCGCUGGGUUACCUCUGCAAAAAGGAACAGAAAAGGAAGAAAAAAGGACCAGAAGAAAGGACAACAGAGCUUCAGCACAGAGGUAACCAAUAAUUGGCGAAUAUGGGAGGGUGGUUUACCCGUCAGGAGGGAAUUACUCCAAAAAUCAAACAAACAGCUGAAGCUAUCUCUCGACUUUUACAAGAACAGAGCAUAACCAUAGAAGAAAGUAAGUUAUGGGACUUGUUAUAUUGGAUUUCGUUACAUGAACCUGCAUUACCUCUAACUGGACCUUAUCAAGUGUCAUCUUGGAGGAAAAUAGGGAACAAGAUUAUCGAAAAGGCCAGUGAAGGAAAAACAGAUGCCCUCAAGAAUUUAGCUACAUGGAAGGACAUUAUGAUAGCUUUAAAUAUGCACUACAGAAAGGCAAAUGCACCCGGGAGAGUGGACUCUCCCCUCCCUCACUCCUUUCCUCUCAACCCCCCCCCUUCAACCCCAGCCCCCCCACUGACUGAGUGGUGCGGGAGGGGGAUGCACGUUGGUCAAGGGCCCACCCAGGCUUGGGGGGUGACAGUGCGGGCAUGGCAGCAGGGGAGGAUGCUGGCUUCAUGGCAGCGCCCAUGGCUGCAGCUGAGACCGUGCCGUACAGAGCAGCGAGCGGUGCUGCUGGAGCCGGGGGCAGUUAUAGAGCAGCGCCUACCCCUGGACCGUUACAGGGCGACCGUUACACGGCGGUUGCACAGUCAACGUGCUGAAGGAGAGUGGCAGCAGAGACACCGCCAUGUUGCCCCUGCUGUGCGGCAGAAGUGAAGCAACCACCCCCAGGUUCAGGCAUUUCGCCAGGAAGGGGGGAGGAAGACUAUGAUGGACAAAUGGACAGCGAGUCUAUAGAGAACACAGAAGGAGAAACAACUUCAGGAUUGGGCAGGGGUCCCUCCAUAGGUUUAUGGGAUACAUGCAGAGAGGAAGCAUCUCGGGUGGGUGACUGGAAAGUAGUAAAUGCAUGCCCUGUUAUACAUCGGCCCCGGCAAGGCCCCCAGUACCAAGCUUUAUCAUAUGAGGUGAUUAAGGAUUUAAGGCAGAUAAUUAAAGAGAGUGGUGUCUCCUCACCCCACAUGUUUUCCUACCUAGAAACCCUAAGUAGCACACACAUGUUUGCACCCCAUGACUGGAAGGCACUACUAAAAAUGGUACUAACCACUACACAAUUUAGUGUAUGGCUCACAGACUUUAGAGAAAGCUGUAAGGUUUAUAUUAAUGACCAAACUAAUGCUCAAACGAGAAUGACUUAUGCUCAAUUAGUCGGGGAGGGGGCACAUUCAAAGCCCGAGUCCCAAAUAGACUACCCCCGAGAGAUAUACGAAGUAAUCGCAAAACUUGUAUUGAGAACAGUGCGAAAGCUUCCAUGCAUAGACAAAGAUUCUAAA